AUGUCUAUAGCCGAGUAUGAGGCUAAGUUUACCGAGUUGGCCAAAUUUUCUCCUCACAUGGUCGAUACAGAUUACAAAAAGGCUCAGAAAUUUGAAAGGGGCUUAGACUUGGAUAUAUUUGAUCAAGUAGGCGUCCUAAAAAUGCCUACAUAUGUGGAGGUACUGGACAGAACGUUGAUGGCAGAGGCCACCCUAGCAACAAUGAAACAAGCCAAAGCACCAACAACAGAAUGGAGGAGUAAAAGACCUGGAACUAAUUUUUGGAAGGGUCGUUCAUUCUUUACUAACAAAAAGCAAAAUAUUGGAUCCUCAAGCAGUUCAAGCCAAAGUAGUGGGUCUAUGCUAGUUUGUUCAGAAUGUGGAAAGAAGCAUAAAGACGCGUGUCACCGUGCAUUUGGUGCUUGUUUUCACUAUGGCAAGACUGGCCACAUGAUUAGAGAUUUUCCGAUGAGAUUCGACAAUGCUACCCAUCCUACGGCAAGUUUAGCUGAAUCCACCGCUGCACCAAGAACAAAUGUAAGAGCCAAUACCGAGAGAGAAAUUCCGAGGCAAGGCCGAGUAUUUACACUAGUGCCUGGCGAUGUGCAGAAUACAAAAUCAGUGGUGUCAGAGAACAUCUCCGUAGUAAAUGAAUUUACUGAUGUAUUUCCAAAUGAUUUUCCUGGAGACUUAAAUGAUAGGGAAGAACAAGAAAGCCAACUGAGAACUGCCUUACAGAUUCUGAGAGAGAAAAAGUUGUAUGCAAAACUUUCCAAAUAUGAGUUUUGGCUUGACAGUGUAGCCUUUCUGGGACAUGAGAAACAGCUUGACAAUGAGUUUUUGAAGAAGAUUGUUGAUGACCUUGACUCAAAACUGAGGCUGGGAUUUGUGUAUGAUGAUAUUGUGUUGAGAUUUCAUAAUAGACUUUGUGUACCGAAUUGUGCUGACUUGAGGAAACCUGUCAUGACUGAAGCUCACAGUUCGAAAUUUGCUAUGCAUCCGGGUAACACAAAAAUGUACAAGGAUCUAAAAUAG